AUGAAUCUCUUCAGCUUCACAGGGGACCUUUCCCACUUGGCUAGCAUAUUGAUCCUUUUGUAUGCCAUCGAGAAAAACCGCUCCAUUGCGGGCAUAUCCUUGAAAACACAAUCGUUGUACGUGUUGGUGUAUCUCACCAGAUACUUGAACUUGUUCUACAAGUACUUCUCGUUGUAUAACUCACUUCUCAAGAUCGUGUUCAUUGGCUCCUCAUCGUACACCGUCUACUUGAUGACCAACAAGUACAAGAAAGAUAUCCAGGCCAAUGUCGACAGCUUUCCUUCUCGAUACUUGAUUGGGGGCUCUUUUGUGUUGUCGUUGAUCUUCACCUACCAUUACAGGAUUCCCGAUGUGUUAUGGUCGUUUUCCAUAUGGUUGGAGGCUGUUGCCAUCCUCCCCCAAUUGUUCAUCUUGCAAAGAACUGGCGAGGCCGAAAACAUCACCACCCACUACAUCUUCGCCUUGGGAUUAUACCGUGCAUUGUACAUUCCAAACUGGAUAUGGAGAUACUUUGCUGAAGACCGUUUUGACUACAUCUCGGUAUUGGCUGGGCUCAUCCAGACUGCCAUCUACUCCGAUUUCUUCUACAUCUACUACAACAAGGUGAUGAAGGGCAAGAAGUUUGAAUUGCCAGUCUAG